GGCCCCGCGCCCGGUGCUCACCCGCCCGAGCCAACUUGCGAUAGGCUCAGGCUCGCGCCGCGCCCGCGCCCGCGCCCGCAGGGGUUAAACCUUUCUCAUGUUACCGAGCGGCUUAUAAGGAGGGGGAGGCCAAGCCUCCGCCUUAUUGGGAGCCUUUUGGGGUUUAUUCUCUUCCCUUCUAACUUGGUAAAAAAUUUUUCUCAACAAGCCAAGUCAGAGAGAGAAGUCCAGGCAUUAGCAGAUCUCGGAGUCUCAGUGUUACAAGGCAACCUGACUGGGUAGCCUGCCGAGGUUAAUAUACUAGGAUGAUGGACUGGCGUGGGAGUGGAUUUGAAAAGGCCGUCUUUGCUUUAUGAGAUUCCCAGGAAUCGAGAAGAGAGCUGAUCUCUAAACACCUAAGGAGGCCCCUCCUUCAAGACUCCAAGGUCCUAUAGGCAACUUCUGGGUCAGAACAAUGGUGCCGACGUGACCCUGGACUUCAGAGCCACCUGGCCCCGACAGCCGGUUGGACAGUACUAAACUCUAGAAGGUCACGGCUGGAUGGUUUUUAAUGUGAUGCAUCUAAGCCUCCAGGUCCUGUGUCAUUAUCAUCAAAAAAGACUGACACCCACGGAGGCUGGGACAGUCUGUCCUGUCCCUGUACAGAUUAAGAAUGACCCAAAAGAAAUCGCGGCUUUGUUCCAGAGCCAAUGUUUAUUCUCAAGUGCCUGAUGGAGGAUGGGGCUGGGCAGUAGCUGUGUCUUUCUUCUUCGUUGAAAUCUUCACCUAUGGCAUCAUCAAAUCAUUCGGCGUCUUCUUUAAUGAUUUAAUGGACAGUUUUGAUGAAUCUAAUAGCAGGAUCUCGUGGAUCAUAUCCAUCUGUGUAUUUGUCUUAACGUUUACAGCACCCCUCUCCACGGUCCUGAGCGCCCGAUUCGGACACCGGCUGGUGGUGAUGGCGGGAGGGCUGCUUGUCAGCGCCGGCAUGGUGAUGGCCUCCUUCUCACACAAGGUUUACGUGAUGUACCUCACCGUCGGCAUCGUGUCCGGCUUGGGGUACUGCUUCAGCUUUCUCCCGACGGUGACCAUCCUGUCCCAGUACUUUGACAAGAGACGCUCGGUGGUCACUGCGGUGGCGUCCACGGGAGAAUGCUUCGCCAUGUUUGCUUUUGCACCAGCCAUCACAGCCCUAAAGGAGCGCAUCGGCUGGAGACACAGCCUCCUCUUCGUGGGGGUGCUGCAACUCAACAUCGUGGUCUGCGGGGCGCUGCUGAAACCCAUCGUCAUCAGACCUCCGGGGUCCCCCAAAGUCGCCGCCCAUGAACACAGGAAAGAGGCGCAGUACAUGCUGGAGAAUGAGAAAACGCGCACCUCCAUUGACUCCAUCGACUCAGGAGUAGAGCUCACUACCUCACCCAAAAACGUGCCUAGCCAGGGCGGGGGGGACCCCGAGCCCAAGGCGCCCGCGCAGCAGAACCUGGUGAGCGCCGGGCCCAGGCCCCGCGCCCUGGGCGGCACCCCGCUCCUGGACUUCUCCGUCUUGAAAGAGAAGGGGUUCAUCUGCUACUCGCUCUUCGGGCUCUUCGCCACGCUGGGCUUCUUCGCGCCGUCGCUCUACAUCAUCCCGCUGGGCAUCAGCCUGGGCAUCGAGCGGGACCGCGCGGCCUACCUGCUGUCCACCAUGGCCAUCGCCGAGGUGUUCGGCAGGAUCGGGGCCGGCCUGGUCCUCAACAGAGAGCCCAUCCGCAAGAUCUACAUCGAACUCAUCUGCGUCGUCUUCCUGACCGGGUCUCUGUUCGCCUUUACUUUUGCGACUGAUUUCUGGGGCCUCAUGUCCUGCAGCAUUUUUUUCGGGUGCAUGGUUGGGACGGUGGCGGGGACGCACAUCCCGCUGCUCGCCGAGGACGACGUGGUGGGGAUCGAGAAGAUGCCGUCUGCCGCGGGCGUCUACGUCUUCAUUCAGAGCCUGUCGGGACUGGCGGGCCCACCCCUUGCAGGUCUGCUGGUGGAUCAGAGCAAGAUUUACAGCCGAGCCUUCUACUCCUGCGCGGCUGGCAUGACCCUGGCAGCCCUGUGCCUGGCGCUGGUGAGGCCCUGCAAGCUCGGGCUGUGCCAGCGGCGGGCCCGUGCGGCCGAGGCCGAGGCCCAGCGCGGGAGAGCCUCCCAGGACAUACCCGAAGACUUUCUGGAAAUGGACCUUGGGAAAAGUGAGCAUAAAGUCCCCAUGAAGGUGGAGCGGGUAUGACGCGCUGGCCGGGCUGGGCAGGCGGGCCCGAGCACUGUCCACGCUGCGUGACGUUUUUAAGGAAUGUAUCCAUGAACAACACUACCGACACCCCUUUUUUUGUUUUCCUUUAAAUUUUCCUUUUUGCUUAUGUUUAAGCCAAAAUGGAAACAGCCAAACCCUCUCCCACCGCGAUCUGGCUGUGCUCGGCAGCGUGGCGGUGUCGAAACAGACACAGGUCAGCCAGGCGGCCGCCGCCUGUGAUAAACUGUCCUGAAACAACGUCUGGUGCAGGCCCUGACAUGAAAUUGGCCAUUCAGAAAAAAAAGAAAUCUUGAAUCAUUUUUGGAAUGUCUCGUCCUCAGAAAUGAGUCCAUUUUUUGAGACUUUGAAAAACAGGGAGCUUUCCAUUAGCAACUUACGGCCUCCAUAGCCCAAAUUUUCCACGGAAAUGAAGUACAGUUUAACACCAAACCCUUAGCUAAUUAACAGAAAUUGAAAGGUCUGCCUAUAACUUGAACUUCAUCAAUGUGAAGAUUUUCACUUCUUUUAAGGCCAGUUAUUACCAGAAGUAUUUCCAUACAAAAUAGCUAAAAAGGCAUUCAAAAAAUUUAUUUCCUCUUGCUUUUAAAUGUUCAGAAAUAUGUGAUCGUAGUGUCUUUAAUUUAAAUCACUAUUUAUUAUUAAGUUAUUCUAGGAAGAUUAAAGUCAUCAAAAGAAAUUAAAAUCUGAGACCCUCGUAGCCUCUAACCUUUCUGCAGUCCUUAAAUGCCUCAAAGAAUUCUCCCCCAGAAGGCCAAGUUACAAUGAUUCUCCAAUCUGAUUAAAGCAACGUGUGCUAUUUAAAGGGGAAACAAUGACGAACAAAUCGCCUUAGCUUUUUUAAAUGAUUAGUUUUACCACCUAAGAAUACUUGAGGAUCUUCUUUGAUCAGAAUUGUAUUUCACUGAAUUGUUGCAGCAUUUCUGAUUUUUUUCUUAAAAAAAAAAAAAUAACAUCAAACUGUUGAAGCAUCUCUUAUUUCCCAUGGGGUAGUAGAGACAUUUACUUUACCUCCACAACUACAAGUUGCAAUUUUUACCUUCUCAUCUUCUCUAAGCUUUGAUUGUUCCAAGUGGCCAGAGUUACCAGGUAACUUCGUGGCUUUUCUGGAGUGACACUAACGGGUGGCAUUUCCUGUGUUAGCAUCUUCCCAUAAAGGCCAGUGUGAGAUGUGUCGGUGACCUUCACGCACCUGAACCGAAUUCCACUCUGUGGGUGAUAAGCAAAGCUCGCUGCCCCAUCUUCCUACAUUAACUGUUAAUUUACGAAAACUCAGGGGGAAAAAUUAACAAGCCUAGUUUGGUUACAGGUACAUACAAGCUUGAAUAUUUCUCUGCACUGAAGUGGAAAUGGUGUGUUUCAUCACCACCUGCUACUUUUUGUAUAGCAUCUUAUCAGCCAUAGAAAUAGGACAAUCUGUAAAACUCUGGGGAUGGCAGAGGAGAAAGUGGCAAAGUGUCAUAAACAGACACACCUGAAACAAGGUGGCUGCAGCAAAUUUCUGUCACGGCUUGAGAAGGACAUUGGGCUUGUGGCAAUUUGACAGACACGUGACUUCAGCACUUUACACUAUUUUUUACUAUGAAUGUUCAAUACAAUUUAGUAUUUAUAACUGAUCUCUGAGCGAUCCGCUCUGUCCAUUCUGUUAACUGCAUGAGCAAAAGAUGUAUGCCAACUUCAGUUUGUCAAUAAUCAAGUUUUAAAUGUCUGGAAGAAAAUGACAUUAAGAUUGCUGAUUUGUUCUGUAUUUGUGAUAUUCUGGUACUUCUAGAUUUGCAAUAAAUGGAUGGCUUUUUUUUAUUUAAAAGAGACUUCUUGGUUGUGCAUUGAUUUAUUGGCAUUCAUUGUUUGACUUGAUUAAAGUUCUCAAGACUCAAGGAUUCACUUCAAGGAAGUAA